AUAAAUCAGAAAUUAGAAGGAAAAAGAAAAAGAAGUAAAAAAGAAAAAGAAAAGGUAGAAUGUAUGAAGUAAAAGCCAGCCAUCAAAUCCCUAUUUAUAACUGUAAUAGAUCUAGUUUCGGACACCUCCAUUCACACCGCCAGACCCAUCAUUCACAUAUUUCAUUUUUCACAUACAUUCACACACCGCCACUCCGAAACCGCUCUCCAUCGGCCGCCCUCCACUCCGCGUGUGUGUGUGUGUGUGCGCGCGCGCGCAAUCAUCGUAUGUGUCUGUGGAGUGGUGAAGGAGGAGAUAAUCAUACAUUGGAUUGUGCGUAAGUUAUACUGAAUCCGAAUUCAGAAUUUCAAUCGCCAUUGGCGGUCCUGUUUCGCGGAUCGUGAUCUGCGCAUUCGAGUUCUCCGUCGGAUCUGGAUUCUUCGCGCCGGGAUCGUACAUUUCCCAAAAAUAAUGGCCGAAACGGAGGUUUCAAAGGAGGCAUCUAAAGUGGUUGCAAUUGAGGAGAAAUGUGGGCUGGACAUGAGCUCUUACCAGGAUCUACCCAAGCCCGACAGCAACGGGACCAACCACCAUAACCAAGCCAAUGAUCUUGACAACUCAUAUGUUUUUGUUACUGGGGCUGAUGGCCUGCCUGAUGGUGCUCCCGAUGACAAGGGUGUGGCUGUUGGGGUUUCUAAUGUUCCACCUCAACCUGAGGAUUCCCAAAAUGGAAAACUUGGUGAAGUUAGUGAGGAAGAUCAGCACCUGAUUGAGGGGGAGAAUGGGGAAGUUGAGCCGAGCAACGGGGACUCUCACCUAGUAAAUUAUAGUACCUGCAAGCAUGAGAGUUCCCAUGAGGAUGGAGAGGGGGUCCAAGUUUCUGUUGCUGAUUAUGGGGAGGUGAAUACUUGUAAAAUUGAAAGUUCACCGAAAGCUGAAGUUAAACUUGAGGAUUCAGAUGGAAUAAUUGAAAGCGUGGCAAAAGCUGAGGGGUUCCAAGUUUCUGUUGUUGAUUCUCAGGAGGUGCAUACUGGGAAAACUGGAAGUGUGGCAGAAGCUAAUGUUAAACAAGUUGAGGAUUUGAAUGGAAAAUCUGAAAGCAUGCCGGAAGCUGAGGUAGAGAAGGCUGUUGAUCGAAAUGGAGAAUUUGAGGGCAUGGGAGAUGGUGAACAAGAGAAUUUUGAUGGUGUUAAAGUAGCAGAGUCCCCUCCUUGUCUUGUUGACAAUCAGGAAACUCAAGUUGGGGCUUUAGGGUUAGUAGCAGAAAUAGAAGAGAAUAGAGAAUCACGUAAUAAUUUUUCAAACAUCAAUAGUUCCCAUAGUCCCAAUGAUGGUGAGAAUCAAAGUAACGCAAGUAUAACUGAGGCAUUGGAACAACAAAGAUCUCAAGAUGUGGUUGUGGAUGGAGAUGAGCAUGAAUUGCAAAAUGUUUGUGUGGAGGCUGAGAAUGAAGCAAAACCAACCACAGAAGUUGCAGAACACGAAGUUUCUACAUCAACUUCCCUGGGUUUUGAUUCAGAGUCGUUUUCAGUUCACAAUAUGGACAAGAUCCUUGAGGUGGAGGCAAAGCCAGAUUUGAGCUCAGAUGUACUUCAAAAUCAACAUGGUGACUCUGGGGUUAGUAACAUUACUCAAGAUAUGGUGGGAGAGACAGAUGAAUCAAAACCUGUGGUGAGUAGUACUGAUUCUCAUGUGCAAACUACUUGUGACUUGGUUUUAGAAAAAAACAAUGAGGACUUGUCUGUACCUGAAGCUGAUAAUGGUGCUCAAUAUCAUGAAGAACCACAGGAACUACCGGUCAUAAGCAGUACUGAUACUCAAGUGCUAACUACUUGUGACUUGGUUCUAGAAGAAAAAAACAAAGAUUCAUCUGUAUCUGACGUUGAAAUUGGUGCUCAAUGUCAUGAAGAAUCACAGGAACAACCUUUGGUGAGAAGUACUGAUUCUGAAGUGCUCACUACUUGUGACAUGGUUUCAGAAGGAAAAAAUGAAGAUUUAUCUGUAUCUGAAGUUGAAGAUGGUAUUCAAUGUCAUGAAGAAUCCCAGGAACAACCUGUGGUGAGUAGUACUGAUUCUCAAGUGCUAACUACUUGUGAAUUGGUUUUGGAAGAAAAAAACAAAGACUCAUCUGUAUUUGAGGUUGAAGAUGGUAUUCAAGGUCAUGAAGCAUCUCAGGAGCAACCUGUGGUGAGUAGUACUGAUGCUCAUGUUCAAACUACUAGUGACUCGGUUUUAGAAGAAAAGAAAGAGGAGUCAUCUGUAUCUGAAGUUGAAAGUGGUGCUCAAUCUCCUGAAGGAUCUCAGGAACAACCUGUUGGUUGUGGAGCAUGUGAUGAUACUAUGCCAUUUGAAACCUUGAGUGAGGUUUCUGUCCAAACUCAAAGCUAUCCAACACCAAAUGCUCAUGCACCUCAAAGUGAAAUUGAAGUUUCUGAUGUUGAAGAAAUUGGAAAAUUCUCUUCUCCUUCUGUUGUUGGUCCAGAAUCACAAAUCAAUGAGCAAGUAGUUCCAGGUCAUGGCAGUGGGAUAAGGUGUAUUCUAGAGGAGGCAAACUCGGGAUCUGACUGUGUGCUUGACACAGUGGUUCCAGAAAAGGAAAUAGCUUUUGAAGGUGGUGAGGCACAUUCUGAAACUAAAGUCUCAAGUGGGAAAUCAGAAGCAGGAGAUAGCUCACCAGAAACGUUUGUUGUGAAAUCGGAACCUGAUGGUCAUGUUCCCGAAUUUUCUGCCAUAAUCAGUAGAGAAAAGACUGAUGAUGUGACUGUCUCUUGUAGAACAGAGAUUUCUGAUAGCUGUAAUGCUAAUUUAGAAAGUGUGGUGAGCCUUGAGUUGGAGGUAGAUGGCGUUGAAGAUGUGGAAGAUCAACUGGAAGGUGCUGCAGAGAACCUGUUGGAGCAAGAGAAAGAGAACAUUGAGAAUUCUCAGAAUGAAGAAACCUCCGUGUCUUCAGUAGGGGUGUCCACUACGAGUACUACUGAUGGAGAAGACAAAAGUAUCAAGACUAAAACAAGGCCAUUCAACUUUUUGAUUAGGACUCCAAGAUUUGAUGAUGAAAAUCUUAGAGAACAAAUUAGACUUGCAAAGCUGCAAGUUGAUGAGAAGACAAGAUUGAGGGAUGCUAUUCAACAUCAAAUCCAAGAGAAAAGACAGGCCAACAGUCAGAUUCAUGGUAUUGAUUAUGAGUACGCCAAAAGUGAAGGUAGAAGUGCUCGGAAGUUGGUUAGGUCAAAACGCACAGAAAUAGAUUCUCUUCAGUCUGUGAUCAACAAAGCAAAGAAUGCAUUAUCCAUUGAGGAUAUUGAUAACCAGAUACAUAAUAUGGAACAUAUGAUACAACAUGAGACUCUUCCCUUGAAGGAAGAAAAACAAUUUAUUCGUGAAAUCAAGCAACUGAAGCAACUCCGAGAACAAUUGUCUUCUAACAUGGGUAGCCAAGAUGAAAUCAAGAAGGCUCUUGAGCAGAGAGAGGACAUUGAAGAGCGCUUAAAGGUUCUAAGGAAAGAGCUUGAUAUUCUAAAAGUUAGAGUCGUUAAGGCUGAAACAAUUGCUACAGAAGCUGGUAAAAAAUAUGAUGAUGAAAACAGAAAGGUUAAGGAACUUCAAGCUCAAUUUAGAGCUGCCAAUGAUGUCCGACAAGAAGCAUAUGCUCAGUGGCAGGAUUUAAGAAAAGAACUCUCAAAAAAGAGCAAAUACUUUUUCAAGUACAAGGAUGAUGCUGCUGUUGCCAGCAAUUAUGCAUUUAGCAGGGAUACAGAAGCACUUUAUUCCUUGUGCAUGAAUCAGGUUGAAAAUUUUAUGGAACUGUGGAAUACGAAUCCUGAGUUUCGUAGCGACUACGUGAAGUUCAAUGCAAGGAGUAAUGUCAGGAGAUUUGGGACCUUGGACUGUCGUUCACUUGGACCUGACGAGGAGCCACCUACCAUACCCAGUUAUGCUGAUGAGAGAGGUAACAAGAUGGCCUCAACACCAGCCAAGGUUGAUCUAGCACCACAAAUUCCAACUAUGGAGCUAACUCAAAAAACAGCUACUGAAAAAUUGACCGUAGAUACUAAAUCAACUAAGAAAGUGACAGAACCCAAGAACCAGAAAGUAGCGAACGUGCCUGCUAUGACUGUACAAGUAAAUGGGUUGGAUACUCAUACUGGAAACCACCACACCGAUGAGGAGCCUAUUAAGUCAAGGGAUGAGAUUGAGUCGAUAAGGAAAGCAGAAGAAAUGAGAAGAGAGCAAGAUGCAGCAAAGUUGAAAGAGCAACGUCGCUUGGAGGCACUUGCAAAGGCUAAUGAGGCUCGCGAAAGGAAGAAGCGGCAAGCAGAGAAGAUGCAGCAAAGAGCAGAACUGAAAACACAGAAGGAGGCAGAACAGAGAGAAAAGGAGAGAGAGAAGAGACUGAGAAAGAAGGAAAGGAAGAAGGCUGCAGGGACAGAUGCUAAUGAUAGCAACAAUUGUGAAACAGCGGCAAGCUCUGAAAGCGCCACUGAGAAUAGCAAGGACAUAGACGUCAAGGACACAAGUACUGCAGCGGCUAAAAAGUCUCAAAAACCUUGGUUGGCUGCAAAGCAGAGUAAGGCAAAAUCUCUCCCCCCACCUCUUCGUAAUAGGAACAAGAAAAAACUGCAGCAGUGGAUGUGGGUGGGCAUCACAAGCUUCAUUAUUUUAGUUCUUUUCUGGCUGGGAAACAUAGGCGUAUUCUCCAACGUAGCUCUUAAGCGCCGAGCCCCCGUUUACUAAUUUGCUUUUGCCUCAACUGAGUCGGAUAUGAUCGCAUGUUUUUGGAUACACAUAGGUCCGGAUUCUCAUAAUUUCAAUCACCAUCUUUGUUCAGAUUAUAGCUAUGGAAUAUCAUUGAGUUUUAGUUUAUAUACAGGACAGGUUGAUAGUGAGAGUUGAGAGGUUGUCUUGAUUUGUAUGGAACACAAACAUUUCAAUGGUGGUGUUGCUUGGAAACUGCCACUGGGUAUACUAUGAUACGAUUGAUUGUUCA